AUGACCUGGGACAGGGAAUGGACCAAAGUUAUUUUCAGUGGAGAAAAGUUUCAUUUAGACAAACCAGAUGGUUUUAAAUUUUACUGGCAGGAUCUACAGAAGGAAGAAAGAACACUUCUGCAGCAAAAGGAUGCAAAGUGGAAGAUCAGUAAUGGUUUGGGGAGACUUUGGAUUAAAGGUGGAGAACCAUUAAAGAAGAAAAAAAGAGUAGAUCCAGCUAUACUUAGAAAAAGAGAAGAACGUAAAAGGAAGAAAAUAGAAAAAGGCAUUAGAAGAUUAGAGAAAACUGCUAAAAAAUUAAAACCAUUAGAUGAAUGUGAAAUUCCAAAAAAUAUAGUAAUGGAAUUAGAUAAAAGGACUAGAAAAGUUGAAAAGUUAACAGAAAAAGAGGAACAAGAAAGAGCAAACAUUAUGAAAGAAUGGCAUAAAUAUAAAAAGGAACAAUUUGAAAAUGAAUUAAAUAUGCUAGAUCGCAUUAUGAUGGCUCAAGAAAAUGCUUUAUUGGAAUUAAAGAAUGAAUCUGAAGACUUGUAUCAAGCGGCUUUGCAGCUUGAUACACAAUUUAUUCCUUUUAUGGUGAAAGGACCCACAGCUACUCCUCCAAAUGCAAACUAUGAGCCUCCUAAUGGUGUUUACGUUGAUACCACCAAACGAUAUGACAAAAGGAUUUUGCCUCCUCUUAAAUUAAAAUCUGUUAAACGUAAAUAAUUAAUACUUAAUGAAAUUUCCAAUUAAUAUUGAAAUUGUUUAUAGUUUUAUGGUAAAUAAUAUACAUAAAAAGGAAAUCUGUAAUUUUG